CAGUCAACAACUCACGCUCAGGUCGCAAUUCCUCCGGGCUGUCCGGCCCAACUUCUGCUGGUCGUUUGGUGGUUGGGAACUGGACUGCUGCUGGCGGCCAUAGAGUUGUAUGCGGUGUAAUUCCCCGAUCCGACCAGCAACGUCCUGGCCAAUCAUGGAUGCCUGCAGACGGCCGAGGGCUGUGAUGAGUUGACAGAGCGUCGGUACUUUCCACAACGCCCGUACUCUGCCCAGGGCUGCUCGAGCGUAAAGUCGUCCUCUGCGAUGGACUCGCGGGAAGUCGCAGUGAUCGCGACCAAUCAGAUCGCCCCAUUCACCGGCAUGCAAACGCGCCAAACACCCGCCGGUCCUCAGCACAUGAUGUCGCGACGCUGCGACGCGACUUAUCAACCGGACUUUUCCCCUCGUCCAGGCUGGUCAUUUCACGUUGUCAAAGCGUGUCAUCAUGUCCGCCUCCGACGAAGAGUUCUUCAGCGACAACAUGGACGACUUUUUGGUCGAUGACAGCGCCCUAGAGGCGUCCCCGUCGGAUCGGGGUUUUCCGCCGCCAGCCAAGAAGCGUCGUCUGGAUGCCGCUGGAUCCCAACUGUUCGACGACGACGAGACUGAUGAAUACGGCUCUGGCUCGGACCUGGCUUCUUUCAUUGACAAUGCCGGCUCCGACGACCUGCCGUCCCCCAGCCAAGCUCACGGGACCACCCUCGCCAAAUCGAAGCUCAAGGCGUUUGUCCCCAAGCAGCAGAACAGCAACCAGGAAAAUCUGUUUGUGACGCAGUUGACCCAACCUCCCUCGCCUCCGGAGAUGCUGCGGGGUCCACGUUGGCAAAAGCCCAAACCGGAGCCGCCCAAACCUGCAUCUCCAGCAGCGCAGCUUCCCACCGACGACGACGAAUUCGGCAAUGAUGACGAUCUGGAUGCUGCCAUCGCGGCCUCUUUUCAAUCAUACGAGGAAGAACAAACUCGUCAGGCCCCUGUCACCGACAAACCGGCUACGCCGUCAACUCGGAGUCUUUCCGGUGACCAGAAGUCGACCAAGUCCACCAAGACGACCAAGUCCACCAAGACGACCAAGACGAAUACGAACAAUGCCUCCGCAGACAUUUUCGAUGAGCUGCCAGACGACGCAUUCGACGACGUCGAUGAAUUCAUUGCGAAUCUUCCACCACCACUGCCCACGCCACAGAAAUCAAGCGGACGGCCUUUGACGUCCUCCAACCGUGUCGCUCGUCAAUCGACGCUGUUUGAUAUGGUUGGGCGGAAUCCGGCAAGCAAGUCGCCUCCCGGGGAAAGGACUUGGUAUCCGCCGGAAAAACACGGCGAGAAGCCGACGCAUCACAAGCUUGUCAAGGAGGCUCUCGAUACCUGGGUUUACCCGACAAACCUGGGCAAGACCCGAGAAUACCAGUUCAACAUUGCCCAACGAGGCCUGUACCACAAUCUUUUGGUAGCGCUCCCCACAGGUCUUGGUAAGACGUUCAUCGCUGCUACGGUCAUGCUCAAUUGGUAUCGGUGGACACAAGAUGCUCAAAUCUUGUUCGUCGCCCCGACCAAACCACUAGUGUCCCAGCAGAUCUCUGCCUGCUUGAAAAUCGCCGGCAUUCCCAGGUCUCAGACAAUCAUGCUGACCGGCGAUACUCCACCGGCCACCCGAGCGGAGCAGUGGAAAAGCAAGCGUGUAUUCUUUCUGACACCGCAGACCCUGAUCAACGACCUUAAGCACGGAUAUGCCGACCCGAAGCGGAUCGUCUUACUUGUCGUCGACGAGGCCCAUCGAGCGACUGGAGGUUAUGCUUACGUGGAAGUGGUAAAAUUCCUCCGACGAUUCAGCGAGAGCUUCCGUAUUCUGGCCCUGACAGCUACGCCGGGCUCUACCGUGGAAUCCGUGCAAGCGGUGGUUGACGGCUUGACUAUCUCCAAGGUCGAGAUUCGUACGGAACAAUCUCUCGACAUUCGGCAAUACGUGCACGCCCGAAACGUCGAGCGAGAGAUAUUCCAGAAUUCAGAGGAGUUGAUCCUGUGCAUGGAGCAUUUCUCCCGUGCUCUGCAGCCGAUGCUCGAUAAGCUGAGAGAACUCAAUGUCUAUUGGGCAACUGACCCCCUGACACUCCACCCGUAUUCACUCAACAGGGCUCGAACGGAUUGGAUGGCUACUCCAGCCGCUCGCAGGUGCCAGAUGGGGUUCAGGAUGAUGGUCAACACGGUAUUCACCGUCCUUGCCAGCUGUGCCCACGGCCUUGAACUACUGAAGUAUCAUGGGAUUACGCCUUUUUAUCGGCACCUGCUGAGCAUGCAGUCCAACGAAACCGGCCUGAAAAAUGGCAGAUAUAAGAGAGAACUCAUGGAGGAUGAGAACUACCAAAGACUCACCGGUUACCUCAAGGCGUGGACGAAGAACCCCGAAUUCAUUGGCCAUCCGAAGCUGCACUAUCUCAAAGAAGUAGUCUUGAACCACUUUCUGGAUGCCGGGGAAGGACAGGACGGAAAUACCAGGGGUCCCACCCGAAUCAUGAUCUUUGUCCAUUUCCGAGACAGUGCUGAAGAGGUGACGCGGGUCCUAAAGAGACACGAGCCCAUGAUCCGACCCCACCUCUUCGUCGGCCAGUCCAAAGCCAAAGGCUCGGGCGGCAUGAACCAGAAAACGCAGCUCGAGGUCGUGCAGAAGUUCAAAGACGGGGUGUACAAUACGCUCGUGGCGACCUCGAUUGGUGAGGAAGGCCUGGAUAUCGGUGAGGUUGAUCUCAUUGUCUGUUACGACGCCUCUGCCUCGCCAAUCCGCAUGCUCCAACGUAUGGGUCGGACGGGCCGAAAGAGGGCGGGAAAUAUCGUGGCGCUACUCAUGCAGGGGAAAGAAGAGGAAAGGUUACUCUCGGCCAUAGACAACUACGAGAAAAUGCAAGAGAUUAUAGCUAGUGGCAAACGCUUCACCUUCCACAACGACCUGUCGCCACGCAUUCUGCCGCCGGGGGUUCGUCCCGCUGUCAAGAAGCAAAAAGUCGAUAUACCCGCCGAAAAUGACACCGACGAGCUGCCGGAACCGAAGAAGACCCGCAAAGCAACUAAAAAGCCCCCCAAGAAAUUUCACAUGCCGGACAACGUCGAGACCGGUUUCACCAAGGCGUCGGACCUCGCCGCUGGUCGCACGCGAAAAUCCAAGGCAAAGCGAGCUUGACCUGUAUUACGGCAACGUCGGCGAGACCAGUCCGCAGUUCAUCCGACCUCCUCGCCAUGACGCUUUCCCCAAGCUGCAGUCAGUGUCAAGGCCGACAAAGGCCGUGAAGCAUGG